AAAAAAAAAAAAAAAAAAAAAAAAAAAAAAAAAUGCCUCCAAAGAGAAAUACUAAAUCAAGCUCUAAGCCCAUUGAAGAUGAAUCAAUCGAAAUUGUAAAUUGGAUUGACAAGUUGAAUAAAGCCAUUGAUGAUCUUUCUGAAAGCAGAACAAGUACUCGAGAGGAAUCAUUAGAAAUAAUUGUCAGCACAUUUGCUUGUCAUCGUGUAUUUUCUCAUAUAGAAAAUAGAUUAGAGGAAAUUUUAACCUUAUUGAAGAAAUCACUUGUUAAAAACAAUAGUGUUAAAGAAGCAUGUCUUGCAGCAAAAGCGAUUGCUUUGACUUUCAUUAAUUUGGAUCAUUUAUCAGAAAGUGAGGGCGAUGAUUUAUAUAGAAAAAUGUUAAAUUCCUUACGGAAUAAAAUCAAAGAUUGUGAAGAUAUAGAUAUUAAAAUUAGUUCCUUACAAACAUUGGCAUUAAUUACCUAUAUUGCAGCAUCAGAUAUAGAUAAACAGUUGGUUAGAAAUUAUAUCUUUGAUCUCAUAGAAACAGAUGGUGCAGAAUUCAAUGUUGAAGAAUUAUCAUCUCAAGACAUGGAUCGUUUAUUAUGUGAGGCUGCUCGAGCUUAUGGUUUAUUAUAUGCUGCUUCAUUUACUUCGGGUUUUGUCAAUUUUGAUGUUUUAUGGGAAGAAUUUGAAAAAGUUAUGCCAGUACAUGAAAUUAUGCUUGAAUCAUCUGAUAAGGACAAUAGAAUUGCAUCAGGUGAAAAUAUUGCAUUAAUGUUUGAAACAGUGAAUAUUUUCUUAACCUCUAACGAGGAUGAGGAAGAAGACGAUGAUGAUUAUAAUACAGUGAAACCAGAGUAUGAUAAUAUGGACGGCUUAAUUUACACUUUAAGAGAGCUUUCUGUUGAUAGUAAUCGUCAUAGAGCCAAGAGUGAUAGAGCAGAACAAAAAUCAGUUUUUAGAGAUAUUAUUAAAAGUGUAGAGGAGAAUAUCAAACCUGUAGAAGAAUUGAAGAUCAAUGGUCGAAUUCUUACUUUCCGUGGUUGGGCGAAAAUAAUACCGUUAAAUGCUUUUAGAAGAUGUCUUGGACAAGGUUUCCAAUAUCACGUUAAAGUUAAUCCAAUGAUGAAAGAAAUUUUCCGUUAUUCAACAGGCUUUUCCUCUAGACAUCAGCAAUUUGACUCUGAUGAUUCUGAUGAUGAAAUUGGCUUUAAUAAGUCUAGUCUAAGUAAUGUAGAUCGGAAAUUUUUGUAUGAUGAAAAUAAAAAGGCAAGGACGAAACAAAUACGUAAUGCUAGACUUGGAAAGGAGAAUCCCCCUGUAUAUUAGCCUUAUAUAUGCAUAUACAUAUACAUAAAUAUGAUUAGACUUACGUGACAAGCUUGUAUAUACUAUGUAUUACGUAAUAUUAUAAUAAAUGAAUGAUUCUAUGUUCAUUGUGCUAAUAAUGAGAAAGGCUAAGCAUGUGAUCUAUUUAUUAUAGGCACUAUGACAGCUAUUUGAAAAAAUAAUACUACUUUUUCAUAUACAGGAAAAUAAAGAAGCACAUUGUAAAAAUUUAUGUAGAAGACUUAAUACUACUAUUUAAAACACCAAUUCCUAAUAAUAAUUCUUU